GCUCCUCGAUUGGGGGUUGCCCCGCCUGCGACAGUGUUGCCUUUUAUUUCCCUGCCCUCUCUAGACUCCCAGACGGACUAAUCUUUUGGACAGAUCGUGAAAUUAGGUAAAUAGGCAACGGCAGCAUUCGCGUCCAUAUCACAGAGGACGUGUUUUCUCGUUUCCCUGUCAAGCGUGUCCUUCUUCUCGGGACAUCUGUAACCAGGAAGUGGAGCCCUAGUUAGUCCUCGAUCAGUUGUUUGUACAAUGCGCGCUUAAAAAUCAGGACUGUAACUCUGUGUUCGUGAUAAGAGAUCGUGUCAUGGCGCAUGUCGGAGCUCGCCGUGUCUGCUCGUGAUGAGGCAGUACGUCAAUGUCCCGCUUAUAUGACAUGUGCUUACUUCAGCUCAGGAUGAGUAAAGAAAUGGAGGAGCUUUCUCCCCUGGACGAUUCGGGACACGGUGAUGGGUCUGAGGAGGAAACAGAGGAGGAUGACGAACCUAAAAUUUGCCAAGUAUGCGGCGACAAAUCUACUGGCUAUCACUUUAAUGCCAUGACCUGUGAGGGCUGCAAAGGCUUUUUCAGACGUGCGAUGAAGCGACCGGCCCAGCUCUGCUGCCCAUUUCAGAGCGCCUGUGUCAUCACCAAGAGCAACAGAAGACAGUGCCAAUCCUGCCGGCUUCAGAAGUGCCUCUCAAUAGGCAUGAAGAGAGAGCUGAUCAUGUCGGAUGAGGCGGUGGAGAAGCGGAGGUUGCAGAUCAGGAGGAAGAGGAUGCAGGAAGAGCCUGUAACUCUCACUCCUCAACAGGAAGCUGUCAUACAAGAGCUGCUCAACGCACACAAGAAAACCUUCGACAUGACUUGUGCCCAUUUCAGUCAGUUCCGGCCUUUAGAUCGGGGUCAGAAGUCUGUGUCCGAGUCCAUUCCAGUCACAAACGGCAGCUGGAUCGAUCACAGACCCAUCGCUGAAGACCCAGUGCAGUGGGUCUUCAACUCCACUUCGCUCUCGUCCUCUUCCUCCAGCUGCCAGAGCCUUGACAAAGAGAAGAAGCACUUUAAAAGUGGCAGCUUCACCUCUCUGCCACACUUCACAGACCUCACCACGUACAUGAUCAAGAAUGUCAUCAACUUCGGGAAGACGCUGACAAUGUUCAGGGCUCUGGUUAUGGAGGACCAGAUCUCGCUGCUGAAAGGUGCCACCUUUGAGAUCAUUCUGAUUCACUUCAACAUGUUCUUUAAUGAAGUGACGGGAAUUUGGGAGUGCGGCCCCCUGCAGUACUGCAUGGAUGAUGCCUUUCGAGCUGGUUUUCAGCACCAUCUGCUGGACCCAAUGAUGAAUUUCCAUUACACACUGCGUAAGCUGCGUUUGCAUGAGGAGGAGUAUGUGCUGAUGCAGGCCCUCUCUCUCUUUUCACCAGAUCGCCCUGGUGUGACAGACCACAAAGUGAUCGACCGCAACCAGGAAACACUAGCGCUCACCCUAAAGACUUACAUUGAGGCCAAGAGAAAUGGGCCAGAAAAAAAUCUGCUGUUCCCAAAGAUCAUGGGGUGCCUGACCGAGAUGAGGAGCAUGAACGAAGAGUACACCAAACAAGUGCUGAAAAUCCAGGACAUGCAGCCUGAAGUGUCUCCACUUUGGUUGGAAAUAAUAAGCAAAGACACCUAAGUCCUCACAAAGCACGUGCAACUCUACUUAUUCCCAACUACAACACUAUUGCUGACCUUCAUCCGAGGACAUUCAAAACCGAAAGACUAGCAAUGGCAGGGACUGUACCUGCUGAAAAUGAACUGCUGAACAGCGCACACUGUGUGGACAAAUAGUUUUAUAUUGGAGUUACUUAGUGUAAUUGUGUUUGAGGAUGUCCCACUGCCAAUCGUUUUCAUCGUUUCACAAAAGAACAUUUUCUAUGGUUCGUAACCACAUAUGAUCUCUUAUGUUAACUUCUUGAAUGGAGCUUGACGUUUGGGGUUUAACUAAGCUUGGAUUGGAAAUGUACCACUUUUUCAUGGUAACACUUUACGAUGAGGUUCUGUUUGUAAAAAUCAGCUAACAUUGCUACACUGUAAAACUGAAUAAGUUAAGGUAGCUCAAACCAUGCAACAAACCAUUUACAUUCAAAAACUAAUCCUAAUGAGUACAGUGAACUUAAUCCAUUUGAGUAAACAAAGCAAUUUGAGCACAGUGAGGCCCAAUAAAUGAAGAGAACUCAAACCUACUGAGUACUGUAAUACCCAAGAAGUUAAGGCAACUCAAAAUGUUUAAGGAAACCAUUUAAGUUAAACUAAUCUAUACGAGCACUGUGAACUUCCUCCAUUAACGUUGAAGUAAUGAGGUAUUUGAAUUACUCAUUACCUUUAACACAAGAGUUAUAAACUCUUUUCAAAUGAGUAGAAUUAACUUUCAGUAAGUUUUGAGUUAACUACACUCAUUUCAUUUGAUGAAGAGGACUGUUGGGUUCUACAGUGUAACAGUAGGUAGGGUAUUGUGGCCAGAUCAGGUCUGGGCCAGACAGAAUUUGCUCAUAUGUCUUGCUAUAUCUGGGGGGAAUAAGCUAUUUAUGCAGAAUUUGAGAUUAUAUUAAC